AUGUGUGACAUGCUGCCUGUUCUUCUCCCAUUACCUGGGAGGAGGUGGCCUCAGCUGAAGAAGAGCAGCACUGCUGCCUGUCUACACGCAAUAGAUCUGACAGUCUGGGAGAAGGUGGAGUAUGAUGAUAUCAUGGGUGAAGAUCUGAUGGACAUGAAAGUUGACAGUGAAGUAAAAGAGACGUAUGUGAGGGAUGAUCAGCAAUAUAUGAAGGAGGCUGGAAUGACGAGUAAAUUCAAAGAGGAGGACAGUCCUACAGAGAUCAGCACAGGACACGCCAUCAAGAAACUCUCGAAGGAUCGUCUCACUUUAUCUCCAGGGUGUAAAAUGGAAGAUGAGGACAUCACAAGACAUUGUGCAGGAGAAAGGCCAAUGAGCUCAGUUAUGGAUGGAGGACUUCACAGUGUGGAGAGACCAUCAAAUCUCUCUGACUCUGAGCAACCUCGUACUGUGGGGGAUGGUGGUGGAAUUCAGGGGGAGGAGACAUUUUCCUGCCCUGAAUGUGGGGAAAGUUUUAGUUCUGAAUUAAUUCUUACUGCACAUCAGAGAUCUCACCCAGGUGAGGAGCUUCAUUCCUGUUCUGAGUGCGGGAAAUGUUUUCUUCAUAAAUCAGAACUCGUCAUACAUUGCAGAGCUCAUACGAGAGAGAAAGCAAAUUCCUGCUCUGAGUGCGGGAAAUGUUUUCCACGGAAACAACGCCUUGUUGAUCAUCAGAGAUGUCACACGGGGGAGAAGCCUUAUUGUUGCCCUGAAUGUGGGAAAUGUUUUAUACAGAAAUCUAAUCUUGUCAGACAUCAGAGAACUCACACAGGUCAAAAGCCAUAUCCCUGCCCUGAGUGUGGAAGAUGUUUUUCAAAUAAAGCACACCUUGUUAGCCAUCAUAGAUUGCACACAGGGGACAAGCCAUAUUGCUGCCCCGAGUGCGGGAUUUUUUUUUCACAGAGAUCAAACCUUGUUUCACAUCUGGUAUUGCACACGGGGGCGAAGCCAAAUUCAUGCCCUGAGUGCGGGAAAAGUUUUGCAAGGAAAUCAGACCUUGUUAAACAUCAGAGAUCUCACACAGGUGAGAAGCCAUAUUCUUGCCCUGAGUGCGGGAAAUGUUUUAUACAGAACUCAAAUCUUAAGGACGGCUCUGUUUUGGUUGUCCGCUUUAAAAAGGUAUGGCGGGAUGACUAUGGCACCGCUCUACAGAUUGAUUCCAUAAAUACCCUCGAAUUGGCCACCUAUGAGGCUGCAACCACUCUGGUGGAGUACACAGUCACUACUGAAGGAGGCUCACAACUCUUCGCUUUAUAUGCUCUCUGA